CACGUGACCUUUCUGGCGCCAUAUUGAGGCCAAGCCUCUCACUCGCCGCUGUUCCUGGCGGGGCGAUCACCGCGCAUUGUUGCUCCCGUUGGAUUUUAUUCUCCGUUUCUAGCAGAAUACCGGGAGAGCUCCGCGUCCUGUGUGCUCGGCCCGGGGGAUUUUAUCUCAUUACUACCCGCCGUAUCUGAGGAGAGGAGUCGGUGCCGCCUCAGCCCAUUGAAUUCUGCCGCCGGUGAUAGAAAGUUUGUGUGGAGCCGGGCCCGGUCACGUGUGGCGGCGCUUUCCAUUGUAUCGUAGUCUCUACUACUCAUGGCGACCGCAACCCCCACUAAUCCCCGGCAGUCCAGCCGGAGGAGCAGCAUGAGCACCCCGCUGAGCCCGACCCGCAUCUCCCGCCUGCAGGAGAAAGAGGAGCUGAGCAAGCUGAAUGACCGCCUGGCCGUCUACAUCGACAAGGUGCGGAGCCUGGAGAGCGAGAACAGCGUGCUGCAGCUGCAGGUCACCGAGCGGGAGGAGGUGCGGAGCCGGGAGGUCACCGGGCUCAAGGAGCUCUACGAGACCGAGCUGGCGGACGCCCGGAGGACCCUGGACGACACUGCCCGGGACCGAGCCAAGCUGCAGAUCGAGCUGGGCAAACUGCGGGGCGACUACGAGCAGCUGCAGCUCAGCUUCUCAAAGAAAGAAUCAGACGUUAAUGUUCUUCAAGCCAAGCUGCGGGACAAUGAGUCUCUUCUUCACAACACAGAUGCUGCCCUUAUCACUGCAAAGAGUGAGAAGAAAGCUCUGGAGCAAGAAGUGGAGAAUCUCAGAGCUGAUAUUGGGCAGUUUGAAUCUGCAUUGGCAAAGUUAAAGUCACAGCUUGGUGAUGAAACUCUCUCGAAAGUGGAUCUUGAAAAUCGUUGCCAAUCUCUGGCUGAAGAGCUUGAGUUCAGGAAAAAUAUAUAUGAAGAGGAGAUCAAAGAAACAAGAAAGCGACAGGAGACCCGCAUGGUAGAAGUUGAUUCCGGUCGUAUCAUUGACUAUGAACACAGACUCGCUCAGGCACUUGCAGACAUGAGAGCACAACAGGAAGAACAAGUUAGGAUGUAUAAGGAUGAACUUGAGCAGACUUAUCAAGCAAAGCUGGAGAAUGCAAGGCUGUCUUCUGAGAUGAACAACUCUACUGCUCAGAGUACUCGUGAGGAGCUAAUGGAAAGCAGACUGCGCAUUGACAGCCUCUCAACACAGCUGUCAGACCUGCAGAAGGAGUCUAGGGCAUGGUAUGAUCGGAUGCAAGAGUUGGAAGAAUUACUUGCUAAAGAGAAGGAUUCUUGUCGCAGAAUGCUAGCAGAAAGGGAGCGGGAAAUGGCUGACAUAAGGGACCAGAUGCAGCAACAGCUUUCAGACUACGAACAGCUUUUAGAUGUCAAACUAGCCUUGGACAUGGAAAUAAGUGCAUACCGCAAACUGCUGGAAGGUGAAGAAGAAAGGCUAAAGCUAUCUCCCAGUCCUUCAUCCCGUGUCACUGUGUCUCGAGCAUCUUCAAGCCGUAGCGUAAGAACCACCAGAGGCAAAAGAAAGAGGGUUGAUGUAGAAGAGUCAGAGGCAAGCAGUAGUGUUAGCAUUGCUCACUCUGCUUCUGCAACUGGUAAUGUGUCAAUUGAAGAAUUGGAUGUGGAUGGCAAAUUUAUCAGACUGAAGAACAACUCUGACCAGGAUCAACCACUGGGAGGUUGGGAGAUCUCACGAACCAUUGGAGAGACUUCAGCAAACUACAAGUUUACCUCAAGAUACAUACUUAAGGCAGGACAGACAGUUACAAUUUGGGCUUCUAAUGCUGGAGUCCCUGCAAGUCCUCCUUCUGACCUCAUCUGGAAAAACCAAAGUUCUUGGGGCACUGGUCAAGAUGUCAAAGUUGUGUUGAGAAACUCUCAGGGACAGGAAGUAGCUCAAAGGGCAACUGUGUUCACAACAUCUUUACCCGAAGAAGAAGUUGAUGAAGAGGAGGUAGAAGUAAUGGAGGAGCUUGAGACAGAACCCCGGCUACGUCGGCAGGCUGCUGACAACAGAAGCUGUUCUAUAAUGUAAAGCUGUCACCCGUCUGAUUUUUAGCCUACCGAUCUGAGCCUCUUGGGAGUAUGACACGUCACUGUGUACAGAAUAAAAUGCCCAAGUAAAUGGCCUUAUUUUUUUAUUACAGUGGUGGGCAUUGGGUCAUUUCAAGAAUUGAAACAUGUUAAAUGUGAAUUGACUUGUACACUGUAAGACCCUGGAAGAUUCAGGAAUGAAAUGAUAAAUGUGAAGGCCAUGUAUUUUUACCUGCCACGUAAAGGUGCUGUCUGCUUGGAGGCACACAACAUUUCUGCUCCCAGCAUUUUUUGUACUGAAGUUUUUUUUUCUAUCACAAUCUGAAUUUUAAACAAUUUUACUCCUCAGCUUUAUUGCAAAGGUGUUAUUUGUAUUAUGUGAAAAAUGCAGCUGUUUUAUUGGAAUUUUUUAGAUUAGUUUGGUGGGUGGGUAAUGUUGUAGCUAUUUUAAAUGACACCAUGGUUUAAGUAAAAUAAAAAAAAACUUUCU